AUGGUCCAGUUUCAGGGUAAAAUACUCAAAAAUUCUCAAAAAUAUGAACAUUUUUCUUCUCAACCUUCUCCGAGUGAUAGAGACCAUGUACGCUGGAACAAGGGCCAAGGUGAUGACGAGGUGGUGACCCCGGACGGCCACAGCGAGGAGUUUGACAUCCUGGCUGAGGUUAUCCAAGGGGACACACUUGCCCUUUUCCUCUUCAUCAUAGUCCUCGAUUAUGUGCUCAGGAAGGCAAUCAGUGGGCGAGAGCAGCAACUUGGAUUCACGCUAACACCAAGGAGGUUGAGACGACACCCUGCAGUGGUCCUCACAGACCUCGACUAUGCAGAUGACAUAAGUCUGCUCUCCGACAACGUGGAACAAGCACAAGAACUACUGAACAGGGUAGAGUUAGAGUGCGCCAAGUUUGGCAUUAGGCUAAAUACCAAGAAAACUGACCCACAACGUUCCACCAGAACAUCAACCUCUGACUCCAGCAGGAGGCGCUGUGCUGA